AAGUGUGGUUUUUAUGGUUGCGGUAUUUCUGUUGCAUCCUUUUUCUAAAAUUAAUAAGAUUAAUAGAAAGGGCCUCUUAAUAUUCUACAAAUCUAGAAUCAAAAUGAAGAAAUUUUAUUAGAGAAGAUCUGCAGAUCAACUAUUUCCUUCAGAAUUCUGGUAAAUCGUAGUUCACUUACAUUUUGAGCAUUCGUCAAAGUUUAUGUCAAUUGAGAAACUUUAGAUGAAAUAAUUGACUACGAUGGCUACGAUUUUAAGAACUUACAAGUACAUCAACUUAUUCACUGGUUAUUAUUUGAAAUCUUACCAGUCUAAUUUUUCUCCUUUAAAAUUGAUAUUAAAAUCAAAUUAUGCAGCUUUACAUCCCGACAGGAAUUAUGCAACAGUCGCAGUCACAAAAUUUUUGCAUGAUAAGCCGAAACCUACUCCGGGUAAGAUUGUAGAACUUAUAAAAGAAAGAUAUCUGCAAAAUAGAAGCUCAAUGUAUCCUGAAGUCGAUUUGCUCUUGAAAUCCAUCGUCAAUGAGAACAGUUCAGUUCUACCUGCAAGCAUUGGUCUUGUGUUGGAGAAAGAUAUACAGCUAUUAAUACAUUGUUGUGGAAAAGCGAUGAAAGGUGAAAUGCCAAGUGUAAGAUCCAAACUUCUGAACACUUUAUGGCAGGUCUUUAAAACCACAGGUUUGCCUUUGAAUGUCUCUCACUACAAUGCCUUACUUUCUGCUUAUCUGGAAAACGAGCAAGACUUUUCACCGGCAGAAAUUUUAUUGGAAAUGAGCAAUAACAAUAUUCAACCAGACGAGCUCACAUAUGAAUAUUUAUUAACGUAUUAUUGUCGAAACGGAAACAUUGAGGAAGCAAACAGAAUAUUAAACUUCCUGAAGGAAAGUGAAAUCCCUGUCAAUGAAAAUAUUUUCAAUGCAUUAAUAAUUGGAAAUGCAGAAGCAAAUGACAUAAAUGGUGCCCUUAAUAUUUUGAGUAUUAUGAAAGGAAUGGGAUGCCGACCCACGUCGAAAACCUAUGCAUCUCUAUUGACAGCUUAUGCAAAAAAAGGAGACAUAGAAAAUAUCCUAAAAACGCUUGAGAAUUGCGAGCAUAAGGAUAUAAUUAUUUUAGACAAAUACAAGAUGGACAUUAUUUAUCAUUUAGUUCGCAAUGGUCACAAAGAACACAUCGCUGAGAUGUUGUCUACAUUAUCACGUGACACUUCAUUUCACAUGGAAAAUAAGAAUUUAAUAUCGAGGUUGAUGCAAAUUAGAGAAGUAGAUGUUGCCAUUAAAGUAUUACUAGCGUCAAAAAAAGCGGGUAUACCUGAAAAUCAACUUAAUGCAGCUGCACAACCUUUCGCAAGAAAUAUCACUAAACUUGAUUGGCCCGAAGAAAAGAUAAUUGAAUCUUUCAAUUUACUUGAAAGCGAGGGAUUUAAUAUGUACGAAGAUGCACUGUAUCAUUGCUUGGACGAGAAAAUAAUCAUUUACACUGUUCCUUUGCUCAGAGCAUGGAGUAAACUGGGAUUUCAAGUACGAGAACCUCUCUUUUGGCCUCUUCUUGCAAAUUAUGGCUCAGGAAAUGUUCAGGGUGUCCUUGAAACCCUGCAGUUGAUGAAAAACGAGUUUGCAGUCAAGCCCUCACUCGAAACUUUGACUCGUUUUGUUUUGCCUUUUAUUAAAACUUCUAAUCCGCGCGAUAUCAUGGACACUUUAAUACGAGAUUGUCAAAUUCCGGCUGAGCUUACCGUAAACGCUGUUUUGUACCACGAUCUUUCCAAAAACAAAAUUGACAGUGCUCUUAUAAGUGCUAAACAUUCAGCAGGAUAUAAUAUUAAUUAUAACACAAGACUGCUGUAUCCACUUCUUGAAAAUGCGCUGAAAAAGACCGAUGAUUUAACUUCUUAUAAUUUGAUAAAGUCGAUUAUUCAAGGAAAGAAUACAACUGGAGAAAGAAGAGAAUCCGGAGACAGACAACAAGGAUAUUUUAUACUUCCCACUUUGAGAACUAUAAAUCUUGGAUUCAAACUUAAAGAGUUUUCUGAAAAAGGAGAUUUAAAAGCUGCUCAAAAUUGUAUACAGGAGUUGAAGCGUUAUAAUCGCUGCAAGUUAUCUAUAGAUAAAUUGCUCAGCUACUUCGACCUGCUUGUGAAAAAUGACAAACUUGAAGAUGCUUUGCAGCUUCUUGAAGAUUUUGCGCCAGAGGAAAUGUGUACAAUUCGGUAUAACAAAGAGACUCGAGAUCAGUGUACGUCUUCAUUAAGUUCGAUGGCAGAAAAAGGCAUAGUCGAGGGAGUCAAUAAGUUGUAUGAUUUUUUGUCCAAAAAAGAUAUGGAUGCUGCAAUGCAACUCACAGAAUCAUUAGUACAAGUUCACUUAGUUCAGAACAAUCCGAAAGCUGCAAUUGAAGUUGUCAAAAAGAUUCAGAAGGAUCAUGGUUAUAUUCCUGCGAGAACAAAAUUAAUGAAAGCACUUAUUGAAUCUGAAGAAGUGGAAUCUCUGCAGUGGCUUACGGAUUUCAGUAUAAAACAUCAAGGAGAAAGUGUAACUUUAUUGCCGCUAGCAGUCGCGUUUCUCAAGUGCCAGCGCAUACGGCAGUGUAGAAGAAUUUUAGAGUCUGCAAAUUCGCCUCUAAGAGACGAUUUAGUGAGAAAUUCUGUGAACACAUUUUUUGCUGAAGACGAUAUUUCUUCAGUGAAGGAGUACAUUCAAGUUACCAAAGGACUGGUUUCAAUAAACCGAAAUAUUUUAUAUGACAUGCUGCUUGAAAAAUACAGCCUAUUGAAUAAUUGGAAAGAAGGUUUAGCAUUAUGGCAACAAAUGCAGACUGAAAAAGUUACUCCGUCGGAACUCUUUUUGGUAAUUUUGGAAGAAUUACUCAAUAGAAAUGAACAAUCUGUACCGUUUUCAGUGCCAAAAUCUAUUUAUGACCAAGAAGAACAAAAUGACUUUUACACAAAAUUAACCAAGAUCUAUUUAAAAACAAAAGCAUAUCCUUCUAGAGAAUUUUUGGAUCAUUUGGUGCACAAUUUAGUCGAGGCUGGUAAUACGAAGAUGAUUGAAUUAAUUGAAAACAAUUGGCUCAAUUUAUACGCUAAAUAUCUGAAAAAUAAGCCGAUUAAAUUCGACGCUUGUGUGAAAUCUAAUGAGGUGCAUAGUUAUUUGUCGAAAAUAAAGAAAUCUGUGGACACUGGUGAUAAUGUUGAGCUGAUGAAAUUUAUCAAAUCUAUCGACUUCAGUUCAGUAAAAUAUCUACUCUCGCAUCCAGAAAGUGUUAACUUGUUUGAAUCAUUGGCUGUGCAAAUAAAUUUGGACCGAAGAAAUUCCUUCUUUAAACCUCUGUUGGCAGUACUGUCUUACUAUUUCAUAAAAGACGACCCAAGAGCCGUGGAACUUUGGGAUAAUUCUACAAAAAAUCUUCACCAGUCUUACAGUUCUUACAGUUUUCUCACGAAAUCAUUCAUUUUAACUGAUAAUUUUGAUAAGCUGCCACAACUCGCAAUGAGGCUCGAUCAAUGCGAGAAUCAUAACAAAAGAAUGUUUUAUGAAGCAUUCCUCAACGCUUAUGCGGGACAAAACAAAUACGAGGACGGUCUUCGGGUCCUUGCGAAAUUCAAACCAAAACCGAGAGAAGUCAAACAAGAGAAAUCUGAAGAUAAAGUAGAAAAUACUGAUGAUUUACCACCUGUAAAGUCACAGGUGGCUUUGUAAAAAAAAAGAGAGAUUCAUUGGAGUAAUUAAACUCGAAAAAUGAUGAUAAUUGCGCCAAUUUCUUUCUGAAAGAUAAACACGUAAUUAUCCUCAUUUUCCAGUAUUUUGUAAA